CUCUCCAAUUGCCCAAAUUCCCUUUCCACACACACACACACACACAGUUUGAGGUAUAUAUAUGUAUAGUGUUAGCUUAAAUCUUGUUUACCUCCACACAUUACUACUUUUAAAAUCAAGCCUAAUUAAUGGAUAUAUUUUCCCAUUUCUACCUCCUUAUAACAUCAUUUUUCCUUCUUCAAUGGCUGAUUUAUUCUAGCUCAGCCAACUCAGAUAUCGUUCCUCACUUACUGCCUUCAAAUCUCGAAUCUCCUUCGAUCCCAAUAAUAUAUUAACCCAAAAUUGGAGCGGUGAGAGCGACGUUUGUAGUUGGAUCGGAGUUACCUGUGAUUCUCGCUAUCAUAGGGUGACUCAGUUGAAUGUAUCAUAUAUGGGUUUUGUCGGAAGCAUUCCACCAGAAAUCGGAAAUCUUUCUUUUCUCAUUUCUUUAGAUGUGACAAAGAACACUUUUGGUGGUCCAAUUUCCCCAUCUAUUUUCAACUUGUCAUUUUUAGAAAUUUUGAAUUUAGGGGAGAAUAAUUUGUCUAGCACUUUACCAUUUGAUAUAUGCAAAUACAAUCUGCAUAGACUCAAGAGACUUCGUAUAUCUUUCAACAAAUUGUAUGGGGAAAUACCAUCGAGUUUGGUCGUCUUAGUAAUUUUGGGCGACUGAGCAUGUCUGGAAAUAAGUUCAGUGGGUCAUUGCCAAGAGAGAUUGGGAACUUAACAACCAUGUUUGGAUUGUUUCUUCCCAGUAAUGCUUUAAGUGGUAAUAUCCCAAAGGAAAUUGGUCGUCUUAAUAUCUUGGUAGAGCUGCAAUUGGAAGAAAACAAUUUCAAUGGAUCACUUUCUGAAGAGAUUGAAAACAUGACACGACUUAGUUACUUGUGGCUCAACCACAAUAAUUUACAUGGUAAUAUUCCAAAGCAAAUCGGUCGUCUUAAGUUGGAGGUACUCAAUAUUGCAAUGAACCAUUUUAGUGGUUCGUUGCCUAGAGAACUUGGAAACUUAUCAGCCAUGCGCCAAGCAUGGCUUGACGUCAAUAAUUUUAAUGGUCCAAUACCUUCCGCGAUUGGGAAUAUGUCAGAGCUGACCUAUUUAGGACUCCCUCAUAACAAACUAAAUGGAGAGAUUCCAUCAUCCAUUUGCGACUUGAGAUUACUGUCACUCCUCCAUUUAGCAGACAAUCAUUUGGAAGGACAGCUUCCAAUGUGCUUGGGAAACAUCAAUAGUUCACUAUUGCUUCUUAAUUUGGGUCAAAACCAAAUCACAGCCCUCCAAUCUACAUUUGUAAAAGGAUGCAGUCUUCAGUACAUUAAUCUGAAAGACAAUAUAUUGGAAGGAAUACCACACACCCUAAUCAACUGCCAAAAUCUGGAAAGCAUUGAUGUUGGUGAUAAUGAACUACGAGGUGCAUUUCCCUUCUGGAUGGAAACAUUCCCUCAACUUCGCGUCCUCAUCUUGAGGUCCAACAAGUUGAAUGGUACUAUGUUGGUGGAUUCAAAGGCUGAGCAUCCGUUUCCGAAGUUGCAAGUCUUGGAUAUAGCAAGAAAUGCGUUUGUUGGCUCUUUACCUGAUAGAUAUUUCAAGAAUUUUGGAGGUAUGAUAGAUGCUAAGGAUAAUAUGACACGCGUUGAGAAGGAUGUGCUCCAGAGAUAUUUUGACUUAAUUGUCACUUUGAAAGGUUUAGAUCAGACAUUGCUGAGAUUGCUGGAUACGCACAAAUCAUAUGGAACUAUGCCAUUUUCUCAAUCCACUAAACACGAUCUGCAUAAGCCACAAAACUACAAACCCACUAACUAUGCCACUAAUAAUUAA